CAUGCCGCCAAAGGCAAAACCAUCCACCGAAAACACGAAGCAAAAGAGCCUUAUGGGAUGGCUAUCCAAAGGCUCAAACGCGACACCGGCGAGACCGACCGCGUCUACGCCUGCUGUGAAGACAUCAAACGCGUCUACAUCAAAGCCGGCAAAUCCGCGCACCCCACAGUCGACCAAGCCAGACAUACGCGUAUUGAACUCAUCUGCAUCAGUGUCGUCCUUUGGGGACAGCGCCAUCAAGGAUACACCACCGACGAGCGAUCCCAUUGAUGUGGAUAUGCUUUCUGAGGAGGAUGCACCGAGAAAAAGGAACCGUGUUGUUUCCAGUGGAGCGAAACGGAAACUUGUUUAUGAAGACGAUUCCGAUGAAGGAACCCAAGCCUCUACUACAACUGGAGGAAGCGAACCGCCAUCAUCGCCCUUGCAAAGCAAAAGCCGGGCCAAGAAGCCUCGAUUAUCUGCUCCCCCAUCAGAUGACGACGAGGAAGUUACUACAUCUUUCUCCAAGCGGCUGACGCACUUCAAAAAAUCAUCCAGAAAGAAAGGCUUCCGCUCGAUGGCGUCUUCGGAUGACGAAGACUUCAUUGCUCCCUCCGACUCAGACGACGAUGCCAAAUCAGUCAAGUCGCGCAGCUCCGGUUCUUCUCGGCGCUCACUUGGACCAGAUACUGACUUCGAUGAUGAAGAUGAGGAUAGCGGGAAGAAAAAGAAGUCGAGACCUACUCCAAAAAAGGCAUCAUCCAAAAAUACGUCCAGUGCAGCAGCUGGUAGUACACUUUCUUUCUUGACAGCGGCAGAACGACGAGAGCAGGACAAGAAGAACGAAAAAAAGGCUUCCGAAGAUCCUUACGCUUUCUUGGCGGAUGUUAAAGAUAAAGACGGACAUAGACCUGGCGAUCCCAAGUACGACCCAAGAACGCUUUAUAUCCCGAAUCGUGCGUGGAAAGAAUUCACUCCUUUCGAGAAGCAGUUUUGGGAAAUCAAACAAAAUCACUACGAUACUAUUUUGUUCUUUCAAAAAGGAAAAUUCUUCGAGCUGUACGAAGAUGAUGCUCGUAUUGGCCAUCAAGAAUUUGACCUGAAACUGACCCAGAGAGUCAAGAUGUCGAUGGUCGGUGUUCCAGAAAUGUCUUUCGAAUUUUGGGCGGCCAAAUUCCUUGGUAAAGGAUACAAAGUCGGCCGGGUAGACCAGGCUGAAACCGCUCUCGGAGCGGAGAUGCGUCUAGCUACUGAUAAAAGCAAGGGAAAACCCAAAGGCGGUGAGAAGGAAAAGAUCGUCCGACGGGAAUUGAACAAAGUUUAUACUAAUGGUACUCUUGUUGAUGCUGCGAUGCUCACCGAUGACCAUGCCGGCCACUGUAUUUCAAUUAGAGAAGUCGAGUCUGACGGGGGGUCGAAUAACACCUUCGGUGUUUGUGUCUUGGACUGCGCGACGUCGCAGUUUGACUUGAGUGUCUUCCAAGAUGAUAUCUGUCGCACAAAACUCGAAACCUUGAUGAGACAAAUCCGUCCCAAGGAGAUGUUGUUCACGAAAGGGCAGUUGUCUGUCUCCACGACGCGGCUACUGAAAGCUGUCCUUCCUGCUGCCUGUUUAUGGACAAGUUUACGUGAAGUCGAAGGUUUUAAUUAUGAAGACACUAUGAAAGAGUUGGCGAAUCUGUACCCUGAUGAUAAGGGCGAUAUAGAUGAAGAUGGCGACAACAUUUUGCCCAAGGCUGUCCCUCAGCCGAUAAGAGACAUGGCCGGUUCAAAGCCUCCGAUCGAAGCACUUGGUGCUAUGAUUUGGUACCUGCGACAGCUGAAUAUAGACAAAGAUAUACUCAGUAUGAAGAACUUCAAUGUUUAUGAUCCCAUGAAAAGAGGCCAAGGCUUGGUUCUUGACGGACAAACAUUGGCUCAUAUUGAGGUGCUGCUUAAUAAUGAAGGUACAUCGGAAGGGUCGCUUCUUCAGUUAUUAAGUCGCUGCGUCACUCCUUUCGGAAAGAGGCUGUUCCGCAUAUGGCUGUGCAUGCCCUUGCGGGAAGUAUCCGAUAUUAACGCAAGACUAGAUGCCGUCGAGGAUAUUAUGGAUCACCCAACAUUCGAACCAGAAUUCACGGAGGUUGCCAAAGGUCUGCCUGACUUGGAACGCAUCGUAUCUCGUAUCCAUGCAAAGAACUGCAAAGUUAAAGAUUUCUUGAAGGUUCUGGGCGCGUUCAAGAAGCUCAGCCGCGGUUUCAGCAGUUUCGCCGAUACUUCCGAGACGUUCAAGUCGAAGACUAUACAAGGCCUGCUUCGGAACGCUCCAGACUUGCUGCAAAAUAUCAAGAACGUAGAGGCUAUGUACAUCAAGCCAUCAGAAAAAGACGCCAACGAGUUGGUUCCACAAGAGGGUAAAGAUGGAGAGUAUGAUACGAUCAUGGCCGAGAUUGCAGAGCUCGAAGAGGAGCUUGACGGUGAGCUCAAGCGAUUUGAGAAGAAACUUGGGUGCAAAUUACACUGGUGGCAUAGCGCCAUCGGAAACAAGGAAAUCUACCUUGUGGAAACAAACGCUGGCCAGGAUAAUAUUCCCAAGGAUUGGACCAAGAAUGGCGGUACCAAAGCCAAGACGCGGUGGCAAGUUUUUGGUCUACAAAAAUCUGUACGGGCUCUGAAAGAAGCAAGGGAAAACCGUAACACGAUCAUGAAAGCAUUCAAGAAUCGUGUCUUUGAGGAAUUUGAUGCUGAUCGCGGUGUUUGGUUGCGGGCAAUCCGGGUGUUUGCUGAGCUGGAUUGUCUGUUCAGUUUGGCCAAAUCAUCAAGUGUUUUGGGUGAGCCUGUGUGCAGACCGGAACUUGUCGAAGGUGAUUCGGCGUUCGUGGAUUUCAAGGACUUGAGGCACCCGACGUUGGCGAUAAGCGCCAAUAUGAAGAGUUUUAUUCCCAAUGACGUCAAGCUCGGGGGUGACGCCGGUAGGAUUGCGCUGCUGACAGGACCGAACAUGGCUGGGAAGUCCACGGUGAUGCGCAUGACAGCCACGGGCAUAAUCAUGGCGCAACUUGGGAUGCUUGUUCCUGCGGCAAAGGCUCGUGUCUGUCCUGUGGAUGCGAUCUUGACUCGAAUGGGUGCCUACGACAAUAUGUUUUCCAACGCAAGUACCUUCAAGGUUGAACUUGAUGAAUGUUGCAAAAUUCUUCGCGAUGCUACUCCCAAAUCAUUUGUCUUCUUAGAUGAACUGGGACGAGGAACGUCUACAUAUGAUGGUAUGGCCAUUGCGUCGGCUGUUCUGCACGAGCUGGCGACGCAUACCCUUCCUCUGUCUUUCUUUGCUACUCAUUAUGGUUCCCUGACGGACGACUUCCGAUAUCAUCCUAAUAUUCGAAACAUGUACAUGUCAACUAUCGUAGAUGAAGAGAAGCGCGAUAUUGUCUUCCUGUACAAACUGAUCGACGGUGUGGCUACAUCUUCUUUCGGAACGCAUGUUGCAAACCUUGCUGGUGUGCCUUUGGAGGUUGUUGAGCGUGCGGACGUUGUGUCCAAGAAAUUUGCUCAACAGUUCAAAGAACGGCUCGAGGCGAAGCAGUCCCAACGAGCGACGUCUCGUUUGCCCUUGGUUGCUCAAGCUGAUUUUUCGUAUUUGUAUGGUCUGGCCACGGGCAAGAUUGAACUGCCUCAGGACCUCGUGAAGCAGAAGCUGAUGUUGACGCUGCUGAAGAAGACUGCCCAGAAUUAUACCAACAAUUGAUCAAUGCUGUCCCAGUGCUAGUGCUUCCUUUGCUAUCCUUGCUUUCAUACCUGUAUGCUUUUAGAUAGUUCUAUCCCAUAUUUGAGUAGAUGUCGGAAAGCCGGCCCGAAACCCUAACGACGACGACAG